AUGACUCGAACUCUGCGACCCGAUAUUGGCCUGGUGGCAGGUCUCGCCGCGUUUGCUGGUGUCGCUGAUGCCUUCUGGCGUCUGCCCUGCCGUGGACGCAGUGGUGUUGCCAGACUUGACCCCCUGAUGGACCCCGGUGAAGUGUCGUACCACGCCCACGCGGUCCAUGGAUCAGGCAACUUUGGCAUGUCUUCUACCGCAUCCAUUUUGAAGGACUCCGACUGCACCUCGUGUGCUGUGACCCAGGACAAGUCCGCCUACUGGGCCCCCGCUCUGUACUUCAUGCACUCCAACGGUACUGCUGAGAUCGUUGAGGAGGUGGGCGGUAUGCUUGCUUACUACCUCUUGUACGGAGACAACGUCCAGGCUUUCCCCGAAGGUUUCCGUAUGAUUGCCGGUGACCCCUUCCAGCGUAACUUCACCUGGCCGAUCCCCGAUCCCCCCAAGUCCGAAUGGACCGGUGCCCAGGCUUCGCAAGCCGCCUUGAAGCAGAAGGCUCUCGGAUUCAACUGCUUGAACUACAACAAGGCCGCCGAAGCCUCCCUUGGCCGUCACUUCUUGCCCAGCAAGGAUUACCUCGACCAGCACUGCACCGACGGUGUUCGAUUCGAAAUCAUGUUCCCCUCGUGCUGGAACGGCAAGGACGUAGACUCCGACGACCACGCAUCUCACGUGGCCUACCCCUCCCAGGUCAUGGACGGAACCUGCCCCGAAGGUUUCGAGAAGCGUGUCGUUUCCUUGUUCUUCGAGACUAUUUGGAACACCUAUGCCUUCAAGGACCAGAAGGGCGAGUUCGUCCUCUCCCACGGUGAUCCCACCGGAUUCGGUUACCACGCAGACUUCAUGCACGGUUGGGACCAGGACACUUUGGAACAGGCCGUGAAGCAGUGCACCAACCCCAGUGGUGAGAUCCAGGAUUGCCCUAUCUUCGAUAUCCAGAGCGACAGCAAGCAGCAGAAGUGUCAAUUCGAGGUCCCUGAAGUCCUCAAGAACGAGCCCGUUCUCCUGAACGAAGAAGGUCUCCCCGGUGGUGUUGCAAUUGGAUACGGACCUGCCUACGCUUUCCCCAUCUCCUACACCACUUCUUCGUCUGCUGCCCCCUCGUCCACCAACGCCCCCGGUCUUUCUCUGUCUCUUGGACUCUCCCUCGACCUUGGAGGCCUGUUUGCCGAAUCGACUACGUCUACCACCUCUUCGCAGCCUACCAGCUCCGCUCAGCCCACCAGCUCCGCUCAGCCUACCACCUCUGCUGAGGCUACCAGCUCUGCGGAGGCUACUAGCACUCCCACCCCCACCCCGACCACCACUCCUACCCCGACUACUACUCCCACUCCUACUUGGACCCCUACUCCUACUACCUCCUACAUCGAAGGUCCCGUCAAUGAGGAGAUUGUCUACGUUGAGCAGGAGAUCGUUGUCAUGGUGGAUGACGAGAGCCACCCAGUUGCGACAUCUGCUGGUGCAGCCAAGACCAUGUCUACCGCGGAGACCACCAUCACCCAGACCGUUUCCACCGUCGUUAGCACCCCCACCGAGCAACCUGUAAAACGGGACCAGGCCACUGGUCAUGCUCACAAGCGUCAUCACCACGGUCACAAGAGAAGAAGCGGCUUCUAA